CAGGGCUGCCUUGAGCAGUUCUAGAGGUCUACGUGUUGUUCCAACUGCUGUUCGAAGACUUACCUCCCCCUACGAUCGAGUUCCUGUGAAGAAUCCAGUUACCAUGAACAGAUAACCCGCAGGUCAACCCUCGACGACCGAGAGCUGUCCCUCCUCCAUCAUGGCCGUCUACGCCUCGCAACUCGGGGCCAAAGGUCCAUUCGCCAACAGUGCUCCCCCUUCGAUACCUACUCAUGCAGCGCCUUCGGGCACCUUCCUGCCAGGAACCAAAGUGCAGGUGGGACAUCACCGAGUCAUCAUUGACCGCUAUCUGUCGGAGGGCGGCUUUGCCCAUGUCUAUGUUGUCCAACUACCAACUCCCGUGGAUGGUAAUCAGAAGGCGGUCUUGAAGAGAGUGGCUGUUCCCGACAAGGACCACCUGGCAAAUAUGAGGACGGAGGUCGAGACAAUGAAGAGAUUAAGAGGCCAGAAGCAUAUUGUGAAAUACAUCGAUUCUCAUGCAUCCCAGCUGAAGGGAGGAGGCUACGAGGUCUUCCUGCUCAUGGAAUUCUGCCAGGGUGGGGGGCUAAUCGACUUUAUGAAUACACGACUGCAAAACAGACUGACAGAGCCUGAAAUCUUGAAGAUAUUCACCGAUGUCGCCGAAGGAGUGGCAUGUAUGCACUAUCUCAAACCGCCGCUAAUGCACCGAGACCUCAAAGUCGAGAACGUUCUUAUAUCCACGUCAGGGUCGUCCAAGAUAUACAAACUUUGCGACUUUGGGUCAGCAGCUCCUUCGCGACCAGCCGCGACAUCGGCUGCUGAGGGCCGUUUGAUCGAAGACGACAUAAAUCGGCAUACAACUCUCCAAUACCGAAGUCCAGAGAUGAUCGAUGUUUACAGAAAACAGCCGAUCGACGAGAAAGCAGACAUAUGGGCUUUGGGAGUAUUUCUGUAUAAGCUCUGUUAUUAUACGACCCCUUUCGAAGAAGCUGGACAGAUGGCAAUUCUGAACGCCAGGUUCAAAUUUCCAGGAUAUCCGCGGUUUUCAGACCAGCUGAAGCUAUUGAUUGCUUCAAUGCUCCGGGAGCGGCCUUCAGACCGUCCCAACAUAUACCAGGUUUUACAAAAAGCAUGUCAGAUGGAUGGCCGAGAAUUGGCUCUUGAAGACAUCUACUCAAGACGAACGCAAUCAGAGAGUCGCAAGGAUCAAGCCCUGCCUGCACUCCCUUCGAGCUCCCAGUCCAGAGCCGGUGCGGCCUUAUCUCCACCGAGACAAGAACCGGCUCCCAGCGUUCCGCAAAUUGAACCUAUGCGCCGAGGACGACCGACCAAGCCCGUUUCUCACCAUGGUUCAGCUAAGCCAAGUCCGUCACCGCUGCGGAUGAUGGACAGCACGGACCCUUUCGCUGCACUAGAUGGGAACAAGGUACCUGUUGAAGACGAGCUGUCUUCGAGAUUCCCGACCUUGGAUCAUUUCUCUCUGAUGGCCGACAAAGGCAAGAAAUUCGCGUUCGAACCCCAACCGGAAAAGCAGCAGGAAAAUGCUGAGACAGGUCUCGCCCAAAGAGUUACAAUGGCGCUGGCCGAUGACGCUUUCGCCAGAGCACCGAGCCCUAUCAAGGCCCCUACGAUCGCAGAGAGGCCAACUACUGCAAUCACGUCAGAGACUGUUCUGAAGCACAAGAAGUCUCUAGACAGUAAGGAAACCCAGGCAAGAGCAGAUCCGCCUCUGAUCACCGCUCCAAAACCGUCCGUCGUGUCUACUGGAACGAUGACAUCCCCCUCUCCACCACCAACGAGCUCUAAAUCAUUUUCUGAUCGGGCGAUUCGUCGAUUCCCUCCCAACAAUCACCCACCUCGAGCUUCCAGUCUUACCCAGCCUGUGUCUGACGCUGAGAAAAAGGGGUCAAGGCUUGCCAGCCUUCUACGGGAAGAUGCAUAUAGGUCGCAACUUGCUGAUGAUUACGAGCCACGGUCUCCAACCUCAUCUCGUCCGUCACUAGAAGGCGGGCGGCCGACGACAAGAGAUGUCAAUUCCGGCGUAAGUCGUUCUCGGUCACUGAACUUUCGAAAUCGACCGGCAAGUGUCAAUAUUGGGUCAAGGCCAACACAUAUAAAAGACAAGGAAAUCAAAAGGCUCGACUACGAGACGACGUUCACCAGUGCGGAGCCUGAAAUGCCUCCUUUGACACAUUCGGAAUCCGCAACAAACAUUACAUCGGACGUUGAUUUCUUAAAGGCUAGAGAAGAAGAAGAGAAGGAACGAAAACAUCAUCAUCGACGUUUAGGCAGUGGUUCUGGGCACCUCAAACGUGCCAGCUUGCCGUCGAUGGGAAUCGCUGGGACCACUAGAUUAUUGGCUGGCAAGUUUGGGGAUGCAUUCAAGAUGUUUGAGAACAACAAUGACUCGCAUCAUCAGCGGCGACGCAGUGACUCUCCUUCUCGAGAUCCCAUUAACAUCUUGACCCCCAUUGCUGGAUCCGAGGCUACCGAUCUCAGCAACGAUCGGGAACCAUUCGAUGAAGCAGAAGAUCUGUCACCUGAGAUGAGACGCGAACUGGAAAAGCGAAAACUCGAGGCAGAAGAGCGAAGAGUUGCCAACGCGGCUGCGGAAUACAGACAACGAAUAGCAGCAAAAAGUGGGACUACAGGAACGGGAGGAACAGUGAAAGCCGCUUCUAUUCAGAACAGGGUGAAAUCAUUGUUAAGCGAACAUGAUAGGCCUGCUCAGAAGACUGCAACUGGUUACGGUCGCUUUACCGGAUCUCCAACGCCACAGGAAGAGUCACAGAGGCAGAUAUCUCAACCUGUCGAGGUACCUUCGCGGGUCGAGAGGCAUCCUCCACACACCAUGUCGGCCCCUGCAUCUGCUGUUGACCUGACAAAAUCACAAAGGCCAACAGCACCCCCCAAACCAAAGAUAUUGCGAUCCACCAUGCCGGACGCAACCAGCCCAGCGGUGAGCGAAGAGCCUCCUGUGCCUCAUCUCGAUGACGACUGGGAGGCGAAUUUCAGCAAGAAAUAUCCCAGUCUGGCUGGGCUCGAGAUGGUGGAAACAUCCAUCAGUGGGCCGAAGUCGACAGCGACGGUGAGAACGAAGGAGAUAUGAUCGAGUCUUGUUACGACAAUAUAGACGUAGAUUUGAAAACCCUUGCUUCACCCAUAGACAUCAAGGCUGGUGAAUGAACGUAGAGAAGUGAAGUAAAUGUGAAAGUGCUCGCUCAAGCAGCCGCUUCUGCCUGUACAUGCG